UUGUCUUAAAUAAAAGGUCCUCACCUGCCUCUCUGAAAACAUUGACCAUUUCUGAUUUGAUUUUCCCCCUCUAUAUAACCACAUCUCCACCACCAUCUCUUCUCAGCACACGCCACAACCAGUACACGUACCAUCUUCUUCGUUUUGUUUAAAAACAAAGGAAAUGGCUUCUUCUUAUUCUUCUUCUUCCUUCUCCGCAGCAGCCAUAAUCGCAUUGGCUGUUGUUCUUGUGGCUUUUACGGGGAGCUCCUCUGCUCAACUCUCCACAGGUUUUUACUCUAAAACUUGCCCGAAGGUGUUUUCCACUGUGGAAUCGGCUGUUCGCUCUGCGAUUGCACAAGAAGCCCGGUUGGGUGCUUCUCUCCUUCGCCUGCACUUCCACGACUGUUUUGUCAAUGGCUGUGACGGGUCGAUUCUCCUCGAUGACACGUCCUCUUUCACAGGGGAGAAGACAGCAGGUCCCAACAACAGAUCCGUAAGGGGUUUCAGGGUUGUCGAUGAUAUCAAGUCAAAGGUGGAGAAAGUUUGCCCAGGAGUUGUGUCGUGUGCUGAUAUCUUAGCCAUUACUGCUCGUGACUCUGUUGUAAUUCUUGGAGGGCCUAGCUGGGAUGUUAAAGUUGGAAGAAGAGACUCCAAAACAGCAAGCUUUUCUGAUGCUAAUAGUGGCGUCAUCCCUCCUCCCACUUCUACCCUUGCAAACCUCAUCAAUAGAUUCAGCUCUAAAGGUCUCUCUGCCAAGGACAUGGUUGCCUUAUCUGGAGCCCACACAAUUGGGAAAGCAAGGUGUUUAGUUUUCAGAGACCGCAUAUAUAACGAGACUAACAUCGACAGCUCAUUUGCGAAGAAGAGGCAGGAUCAAUGCCCAAGGAACACCGGCGGCCGGAAGAAUCUUGCGCCUCUAGACGUCGAAACCCCGACAACUUUUGACAACAAAUACUACGACAACCUCAUCGAGGAAAAGGGUCUCCUCCACUCCGAUCAAAUAUUGUACAACGGUGGAUCCACCGAUUCACUGGUUAAAACCUACAGCAAAGAUGCCAAGACCUUCAACGACGACUUUGUCACGGCAAUGAUCAAGAUGGGUGACAUAGACCCCCUCACUGGAUCCAACGGCGAGAUUAGGUUGAACUGUAGGAAGGCCAACUAGCUAAUUAUUCACAAAUUUAAUUAAAAUGAAUUUCUGGGGAUUAUUUCUUUUUCGAUUGAAGAAAAAAAAAAUCCCCAAGUUGUUUAUUUGUUUACUUUAAUCUUGUUCUGUGAAAAAAAAAAAAAAAAAUUACGUGUUUGUUUGUAAUACGGUACCUGGAGUACUGCAAAGUUGAAAGGAGUGGCGUGUGAGUACGUUGUUUGUAGAAAGCUUAUUGUAAUUGUAAUAAUAAAGAGUCUCCUUUAAGUA